AUGGAUUUGGAAAGGGAGGUACCGGGACUUGAAUUUGGUGUAGAUGAUGAGAUAAUUAGCACCAUUUCGGGCUCAGACAAAUUGGGUAGUGGUGAUGAAACCAAGGUGCAAAACAACGGAUGUGUGGUGGAAAAUAUAUACCCUAAUGAGUUAUCUUCCGAGGGGACUGGAAUGGGAACUGAAGUUAGAGGGUUGGUGAAUUUGGCAGACGCAGAUGUGAAACCUGAAGUGUCGCCUUCCCCGGCAACAACGAAGAAAGGAAAUAGGUUGAAGAAAUGGAAAAGGAUCAAGAGGGACCCCAAUAAGGUUGGAAACAGUAGUGUUGAUACUGUGACACGGGAUUUGUCAACUUCAGGUGCAAAUUCGAGCAAACGGAUGCAAGUUUUUGAAGACAGGAACCAAAGAGGGGAAGGGUCUGUCUCAUCAACAAAUGCGAGGAAUCUUGAUGGUUUUGCUAUGCUUGGUGAUUAUAGGUUGUCCAUUGGACCAACCUUUGCUGCUGGUACCAAUUCAGAGAAUAGCGAGGAUCGGAGUAGCAAGUUUUCCACGGCAGCCAGUGUUACAAGGGCGAGAUAUGAGAUGCCAGUUGUUGCAGGAUUUCCGCGCGAUAAGAGCAGGAUGAGGAGUCUGAGUGGGAAGAAUUUGGGCAUCUUGGUGCGUGGUCAGCAGGGAUGGGGACGCAUUGAGACCAGUAAGAAGGCUGAAGGAGAAUGUGUCAAAAUCGAGAAGGAAAAUUCUCAUUCCAGCAUGGAAUCUGACUCUCGAAGCUCCAACUUUGUCCUUAUGCAGGGAAAUGACUCUGCAACAAGUAACGGGAUUCCAAGUGGAAAAUCAAUGAAUUGCGAUGAAGAAAAUGGUGAUGAAGUUCAGGCCGGUGAAAGGGAAGUCAGCGAUGGGCUUCGAGGUGGUUAUGAUAGGAACAGUGGCGAAGGUUUUGAAGAUGUCUCUCGUGAAGAUUUAGUUGCAAACUCAUCUUGGGAGGCUAAAGAAGAAAGAAGUGGGAACCACGUGAACUCAACAUAUUGUAAUCCUCUAGUUGAAUCCAUCUUUGCACUUCAAUCAGCACAAGAAGCAUUUGAAAAAGAGGUUCAAAAGUUCAGGGAAAUUGGAAGAGCAGAUGUUUCGGUGGAUGAUGUGAUUCAAGAUUUACCUUCAGAGUUCGCUUCAGUUGAUCCAAAGUUGUAUGAAACAAGCUCAUCUGAGCAGAUUUUGAGAGUUGCUGCAGUGGAUCAUAUCACCCUUGUGGAAGAUCAAAAUACUAGAGCUUUGCAGCAAAGCCGGAUGCUGAACGAGCUUGAAGAUACUGAAGACGUUAAAAAUGCUGCAGUGGAUUCUGAAGACAUUCCAAGCGCUGACGAAACACUGAAGAUGCAGAAAAGGGUAUCCGGCAAUCAGAACCCACCAGGUGGAGGUCCGUUUGAUAUGCUCAAGUUAUUCAAACCUUCUACUCCCUCGCCACCCAAUUCGACUACUACUGCAAACCCUAAUCCCCAAAACCCACAUAAUAAUAAUAAUAAUAUUAAUACUAGCACCAUUAACCCUAAUUUGAUUUCUUCUCCUUUCCCACUUCCUUUAGCCUCUUAUCCUCCGCCUACUGGCGGCGUUUCUGGCGCUGGGACAUACUCAUACUCACCUCAGAAUUCCCCCUUCCAAUAUUUCAGUCACCUCCCUAUGUAUAGUACUCCUAAUCCUACACCACCACACCCGGACUUUGCUAAUAUGCACCCCCAGAGGUCUCUGUCUUAUCCCACGCCCACCCUCCAACCCCAAGUUCAACCUCCUACUAGUCCCCACCAACAGAAUUUCCAAAACCCCCCAAAUUCACAAAACUCCAACAAUCACGGGCCGAGACUGAUGGCCUUAUUGAGUGCUCCGCCUUCCACCCUCGAUGUCCCGCAGCAGCCCGUCAUGCCAAUGCCCCAAAUACAUCCAACUUCCUCUGCAGGCUCUGAUUUCUCGAUCCCCCAGAAUGCACCUAACCUUGGGAUUCCGCACCAGGGUGCCAUGAUGCGGAUGCCAAGCAGCAAGCUCCCUAAGGGGCGGCAUUUGAUCGGGGAUCAUAUUGUUUACGAUAUAGAUGUGAGGUUGCCCGGUGAGGUGCAGCCUCAACUUGAGGUAACUCCCAUUACGAAGUAUGGGUCUGAUCCAGGUCUCGUUGUGGGCAGGCAGAUCGCUGUCAACAAGAGUUAUAUAUGUUAUGGGCUUAAGUUGGGCGCUAUCCGUGUGCUUAAUAUUAAUACUGCUUUGAGAUCAUUGCUUAAAGGUCUAUCUCAGAGGGUCACAGACAUGGCUUUCUUUGCCCAGGAUGUCCACCUUUUGGCUAGUGCAAGCGUUGAUGGCCGGGUUUAUGUGUGGAAAAUUACCGAAGAUCCAGAUGAAGAAGACAAGCCUCAAAUCACUGGAAAUAUUGUUAUUGCCAUUCAAAUUACUGGAGAAUGGGAAUCUGUUCAUCCAAGAGUUUGUUGGCAUUGUCAUAAACAAGAAGUUCUUGUGGUGGGAAUUGGCAGGCAUGUUUUGAAGAUUGAUACGACAAAAGUUGGAAAAGGGGAAGUGUUUUCAGCAGAAAAACCCCUCAAAUGUCCCAUUGACAAGUUAAUUCAUGGGAUUCAGCUAGUUGGUAGCCAUGAUGGAGAGGUGACUGACUUGUCAAUGUCCCAGUGGAUGACUACCCGUUUGGUAUCUGCUUCACUAGAUGGCACGAUAAAGAUUUGGGAAGAUCGUAAGUCGCUACCAAUUGCAGUUCUCCGGCCACAUGACAGCCAACCUGUUAAUUCUGUCACGUUUUUGGCUGCUCCUAAUCGCCCAGAUCACAUCAUACUUAUUACUGGGGGUCCAUUGAAUCGGGAACUGAAGAUAUGGGCAUCAGCAAGUGAAGAAGGGUGGUUACUUCCUAGCGAGGCUGAAUCGUGGUGCUGUACUCAGACAUUGGAAUUGAAGAGUUCGGCAGAGGCUCAAGUAGAAGAAGCUUUCUUCAAUCAAGUUGUAGCUUUGUCGCACGCUGGUCUUCUCUUGCUGGCAAAUGCCAAAAGGAAUGCUAUAUAUGCCGUGCACUUAGAAUAUGGUCCUAAUCCAGCAUCAACCCGCAUGGAUUACAUAGCAGAAUUCACUGUCACAAUGCCAAUACUGAGUUUUACAGGGACGAGUGAAUUACUCCCGCAUGGUGAGCAGAUUGUUCAGGUGUAUUGUGUCCAGACUCAGGCCAUUCAGCAGUAUGCUUUGGACUUGUCACAAUGCCUGCCGCCACCGAUGGAUAAUUUAGUGUUUGAGAAGUUGGACUCUAGCAUCUCGCAUGAUGCUGCUACUAUAGAAGGACUUACCAAUUAUGGGCCUUCUGGUAGUAAAUCUACUGAAACACAUUUGUCUAGUUCAACAACUAAACCAUCUGAACCCGAAAGUGGCUCAGAGAGUGCAUCUCCAGCGAGAUACCUCUUCAAUGCUGCUUCUGCUGAAUCACCCACCUUACAAGAGUUCUCUACUUCGAAUAUGGAAACCAAACCAGUUCCUUUAUCCGUAGUGACUCAUAAUCCUAGUGUUGCUUCUGUUGCUUCACCUCCACCUCCUUUGAGCCCCAAGUUGUCCAGGGAACUUUCUGGUUUUAGAAGUCCGUCAAGCAGCUUUGAGCCUGUUCCUGUGGGGAAUGAUCAUGAUGCAGAUCCUAAAGUCGUGGAACAUUCAGUUGACAGGCAAAUGGAUGCUGUUCAUGCAAACUCGUCUGGUGCUACUUUAAUGGAUGGUGAUUCAAUAAAUGAUGAAAAUAAACUUUCUCAAGAUGAUAUUUCCACAUCUCUUGACCAUCAGAGUAAGUUUAAGCACCCAACUCAUCUGAUAACUCCUUCUGAGAUAUUGAUGGCCAGUUCAUCUUCCGACAUGAACCGUGCUAAUGAGCCCAAAAACGAUCCUGAACUAAACAUUCAGGAUGUGGUAAUUAGCAAUGAUACAAGAAAUGUGGAGGUGGAUGUCAAGGUUGUAGGUGAUGGUCAAAAUAAUGAUAUUGGUUUGCAAGAACUUCACAAUUUUGGGUCAAAGAACAAGGAGAAAUCCUUUUAUUCUCAAGCUUCUGAUCUAGGAAUUGACAUUACUCGAGAUUGUCAAACGUUACCUGAUACUUGUAUAGUAGAGGAAACUAGGCGGUUAGAUGGGAUUGGUGGAAGUGAGUCGGUGACCCAACCGUCAACUCUAGAUGAGGAAGACUCUACAAAGGAAUUAUCUAGGAAGGUUAUCGAUUCGUCAAUACCUAUGCCAGUUCAACAACCACCUGCACCAAGUACGAAAGGUAAAAAACACAAGGGAAAAAGUGCUCAAGGAUCAAGUCCAUCUUCACCAUCACCUAGUGCUUUCAAUUCUAGAGAUUCUUCCAAUGAACCAGGCGUCAGCUUAAGUAAUCCUCAUGUAGAAACUGCAUUUGCACAAGUUUUAUCCAUGCAAGAGAUGCUUAAUCAGCUUGUAGCUACGCAAAAAGAGAUGCAGAAGCAGAUGACAGGAAUGGUUGCUGUCCCAGUUACCAAAGAAGGCAGAAGACUUGAGUCAGCACUGGGACGGAGGAUGGAGAAAGCUGUUGAGGCCAAUGCUGAUGCUCUGUGGGCUCAAUUUCAGGAAGAGAUUUCAAAACAGGAAAAGGCAUCAUGGGAUUGUACACAGCAACUGACAGAUAUGGUAAAUAAUUGCUUAAACAGGGACUUAUCAUCAAUUGUAGAGAAAACUGUUAAAAAAGAACUUACCGCAGUUGGACAAGCUGUAGCACGCACAAUUAUACCUUCUCUUGAGAAAACAGCAUCCACAUCAAUCACUGAGGCCUUCCAGAAAGGAGUAAGUGAUAAAGCUGUGAAUCAACUGGAGAAAUCAGUCAGCUCUAAACUUGAAGCCACAGUUGCCAGGCAAAUCCAAACACAAUUCCAAACUUCUGGCAAGCAAGCGCUUCAGGAAACGUUGAAAUCCAGUUUGGAAGCUUCUGUGGUACCUGCCUUUGAGAUGUCAUGCAGGGCUAUGUUUGAGCAAGUUGAUGCCACGUUCCAGAAAGGAGGAAUUGAACAUACAGCUGCAGCUCAGCAACAUUUUGAGUCUUCGCAUUCACCAUUGGCAAUUGCUCUGAGGGAUGCUAUUAGUUCAGCAUCGGCCGUGAAUACUCUUAGCAGUGAGUUGCUUGAUGGUCAAAGAAGGUUGUUGGCACUUGCUGUUGCCGGAGCAAAUUCCGAAGCACCAAAUCCUUUGGUUAGCCAACUCAGUAAUGGUCCCUUGGGCGGUCUCCAUGAGAAGCUUGAGGUACCUCUCGAUCCAACAAAAGAGCUUUCUAGAUUGAUCGCUGAGCGUAAAUACGAGGAGGCUUUCACUGCAGCCCUGCAAAGGAGUGAUGUUUUUAUUGUAUCAUGGUUAUGCUCUCAGGUUGAUAUACCAGGAAUUUUAUCGAUAACCCCCCUCCCUUUGAGCCAAGGUGUUCUCCUCUCUCUUCUACAACAAUUGUCUUGCGAUAUUAGCAAAGAUACACCUCGGAAACUUACAUGGAUGCGGGAUAUUCUAUCUGCUAUAAAUCCAACCGACCCAAUGAUUUUGGUGCACGUCCGUCCCAUAUUCGAGCAAGUAUAUCAAGUAUUGAAUCACCAUCGCAACCUUCCAACCACUAACGGCUCCGAGCCUGCCAACAUUCGCCUAAUCAUGCAUGUCAUAAACUCCAUGCUCAUGACAACCACUAAAUGA